CUUGGGUGUUUGGGGCUGGUCCGGGAGCGGAAGUGCGUGGGCUGCCCGGCUGGCCCUGCUUUGGGUUUUCAGGAAACAUGGAAGCGGCGGCCGUAGUCGGAGUCUAAGUUCUCUUGUGGCGGUCUCCCGGUGCCCUGUGAGAAGAAAAGGGAGGAUGCCAUUGGAGUCAUCUUCCUCUUCAAUGCCGCUCUCCUUCCCUUCUCCCUUACCCUCGGUGCCAGACAAUAUUACUAACUCUUCCCCUCCCCCAAUGUCUUACGUCACUUCCCAGGAGAUGAAGUGUAUUCUUCACUGGUUUGCCAGUUGGUCAGGUCCCCAGCGUGAACGUUUCCUACAGGACCUGGUAGCUAAGGCAGUGCCAGGAAAAUUACAGCCACUGCUGGAAGGUCUGGAGCAGCUUAGUGUGUCUGGAGCAAACCGACCACCUUGUAUCUUUGAGUGCCAACUACGUCUUUGGGAUCAGUGGUUUCGAGGUUGGGCAGAGCAGGAGCGCAAUGAAUUUGUGAGGCAGCUGGAGGUCAGUGAGCCAGACUUCGUGGCAAAGUUUUACCAAGCAGUGGCUGCUACAGCUGGUAAAGACUGAUAGGCAUUAAAAUCAAAGAAUAUAACCAUAGCUGUUGGAGCCAAGGCCACAACUAUACAAUGAGAAGUUCAAAUGUGUCACUUAAAGGUCUGGGGAUGGUACCCCGAUCAGCUGACUGAACUCACUGACCAGUACAGGCCUGGUUACUUCAACAUUAACAGCCUAUCAACUGGACUCCUGGUGUACAUGUUCUCCAUCUAAGCAAAUCCAGAUCAGCUAUCUGCCUCCUAGCUUGCUUCUUUGCAAGCGACAGACCCUCAAGAAUUUAAUGGCUUCUUUUGUAACUAUAACCAAAGGAACCUACACUUUAUAACUCAAGCCUACUGCUGGCCCAUGGGGGGUUUAAAGUAGAGCCCUCCUCCUCCAGAAACAAGAGAGAAGGAUAAUAAGUCACGUUUUGUAACUUAGCUGGAUUCAGAUGACUGGCUUCACCACUCUUACCAGAGUCUGGCAUAAUUAUGUGACAUCCCAUCCACCAGCUUUCCUAGUGAUGAUUCAGUAAAAUUAUGGAAAAAUCAGAAGAGGGAGAUAAUUGGUUACUACACACUUCUCCAUACUGAUGUUUGUUUGACUCCAAAUGGCAGUGCCUUUUUUUCUAAAGCAUAUUUGCUGUCCUUGGAGCUGGUAGCAGAUGUCCCUAUUCUGUAAAUUUGCUCUACAACAAUGUGAAAACAAGUGACACUCUUUACAGGUUAAAGAGUUUAUUUUUUUCUAUCAAAAUAAAGAAUGAAUCUUCAAAACCA